AAAAAAAAGAAGAAGAGAGAACUCGCACCCGCAUCACGCGCACUGGUUUACUACGAUAGGUCUUACGAUCACAGAUCCGGUGGAGCUUUUCGCCGGACGAAGACGGAAGCGUGACGACGAUGACUCCUCUCAACCUCAGCUGAGCUCAACUCACUCAACUGUCAACUCCGAUCCAGUCCUCUUCCCAGCUUCUGAUUCUAAACCGUGCGAAGAAGCUGCGGGAUUGGUCCCUGUUGUCAUCAGUCUUCAAUCUUCUCCGUCUAGAUUGGAGGCUUGUAAUGGCGGGAGUUGUGUCCAAGUUCUUUGUGGCGUCGAUGUUCAUGUGGAUGGCUCCUAUCGCGAUACUGUAUGGAUUUAACAAUAACUUGUUUCCUGGUUUGAGCGAAUUAUCUCCUCAUUCUUUGACGCUUUUGAGCGGUUUCCUCGCUGUCAUAUCGGUCAACGUGGUGAUUGGAUUCUACAUAUAUAUGGCUAUGAAGGAGCCGUCGGAGAAACACGAGCCUGAUCCUGAGUUUCUUGCUGAGGCUCAAGCUAGUAUCAAGAAGCCUGCAGAUGCAUCUGAGGGUCCUUCCCAACACCGUGAGAAAGAAGAGUAGUACGCUGUAGCUAAGGGCUUUAAACAGGUGAUUGGAUGUUGAAAUUCAAGUUCUCUUCAUCUGUCAUAUUCUCUGUUGGUUUAGCAUCAUUGGGCUAUAAUGAUCUUGUAAAAGGUGAAGUCCUACUUUUACGGAAACCAAGGGUCAGGAAGAUGCUUUCAGGUUGUAAUCUUCAAACCUUUAUAGAGUGGUUUUAGGUCAAUUAUUUUUAGCAAUGGAACUGCCGUAGAUACUGAAAGGUAAAGUAGUUAUAGUCCCAAAGUUGUCGAGGAUAGUGCCAUAAGUUGUUUGAGGUUAAUACUCAGACCGGCUUAACAGUUUAAAGUAAAAGAUAUUACGAAGGA